GGACCCUGAGUGGGGAUCAGAGGCAGAGCUCCCUUGCAAACUGCGGUGUUAGGGACACCCCUGCCCAGUGUUCAGGACAACGACAGGUUGGCCCAGGACCCGUACUUUCCCCGAGACCGUACUGGCUGAGCAUGUGAGAGGCGGGACUGCUUGUUUUUGGAAGGGUAAUGGUGUCAGGCCUGUGUCGCAGCUGCUCCAGGCUGAGCUGCCUCCCAGGCAGGGCGAGGUGGGGGGCAGCAAGGCCAGGUCCAGCUCCGGUUGUGGGAGGGAAGGGCUGUCCCUAGGGCCCUCAGCCCAGCCAGAGUUGGCCAGAGUCCACACAGGACUCUGGGGCCAGGGCAGACGGGAAGGUGUCUGAAGCCUCCCUGCCCACAACGGCGGUGUGGGGACAGAGUGGGCUCCAGUUCCCGCCUGGCUCCGGGGCGAGUCGCGAAGGCUUCGCCUGUGACUCACUAGGAUGGAGGAAAGUCACAGAGAGGCGCACCUUUCCUCUUGGGCCUUGGGACUUCUGGGCGGACAGGCCGUUGUGCCGCCUGGCCACACCCCUGCAGCCAGUGGACUCACCAUUCACCUGUGCUCGCAUCCAUGCCAUCCUGGACCAGAUGGGCCAUCUGCCCCAGCAGCCUCUCUGUCGCUGGAGGGUCCCCGCCUCCACCCCACACCCACAGCUAGUGGGCGCCCUGGUCAUGGAGGACUGCAACGUGCACUCGGCUGCCAGCAUCCUGGCUUCGGUGAAGGAGCAGGAAGCCCGCUUCGAGCGGCUGACGCGAGCACUGGAGCAGGAACGGCGCCAUGUUGCCCUGCAGCUGGAGCGUGCCCAGCAGCCUGGUGUGGGCAGUGGUGGCAUGGGCAGUGGGCAGCCCCUGCCGAUGGCGUGGCAACAGCUGGUCCUGCAGGAGCAGAGCCCAGGCAGCCAGGCCUCGCUGGCCACGAUGCCAGAGGCCCCUGAGGUGCUGGAGGAGACGGUGACAGUGGAAGAGGACCCCGGCACACCCACCUCUCAUGUGUCCAUCGUCACAUCCGAGGACGGCACAACCCGGCGCACUGAGACCAAGGUUACCAAGACGGUCAAGACGGUGACCACGCGGACGGUACGCCAGGUGCCCCUGGGCCCAGACGGACUCCCCCUACUGGAUGGUGGACCCCCGCUAGGCCCUUUUGCUGAUGGACCCCUGGACCGGCACUUCCUGCUGCGUGGUGGAGGCCCGGCUGCCACGCUCUCCCGAGCCUACCUCAGCAGCGGGGGCGGCUUUCCCGAUGGCCCGGAGCCCCGGGACGGCCCCAACUACGGCAGCCUGUCACGGGGGCUGGGUGUGCGGCCCCCACGCACUGGCCCCCUUGGCCCCGGCCCUGCUGAUGGCUGUUUCACACUGCCUGGCCGCCGUGAGGCAUUUCCCGCCGGCCCUGAGCCCGGGCCACUGGGCGGCCGCUCCCUGCCUGAGCACUUCCAGGCAGAGCCGUAUGGCUUGGAGGAUGACACUCGCAGCCUGGCCGCUGAUGAUGAGGGCGGCCCUGAGCUGGAGCCUGACUAUGGCACAGCCACACGGAGGAGGCCUGAGUGUGGGCGGGGCCUUCGCACCAGGGCCUAUGAGGACGCAGCGGAUGACGGCGGCGAGCUGCUGGACGAGCGGCCUGCGUUCCCAGUGGUGACGGCGCCCCUGGCCCAGCCGGAACGGGGCAGCCUGGGCAGCCUGGACCGGUUGGCCCGUCGCUCACCCUCAGUGGACAGUACCCGCAAGGAGCCGCGCUGGCGGGACCCUGAGCUUCCCGAGGUGCUGGCCAUGCUGCGGCACCCUGUGGACCCUGUGAAAGCCAACGCGGCCGCCUACCUACAGCACCUGUGCUUUGAGAAUGAGGGCGUCAAGCGGCGCGUGCGGCAGCUGCGGGGGCUGCCACUGCUCGUGGCACUGCUGGACCACCCUCGGGCAGAGGUGCGGCGCCGGGCCUGCGGGGCGCUGCGCAACCUCUCCUAUGGCCGCGACACUGACAACAAGGCUGCCAUCCGGGACUGCGGUGGUGUGCCUGCCCUGGUGCGCCUGCUGCGGUCUGCCAGGGACAACGAGGUCCGCGAACUCGUCACUGGCACGCUCUGGAACCUGUCGUCCUAUGAGCCCCUGAAGAUGGUCAUCAUUGACCAUGGCCUGCAGACACUGACCCACGAGGUCAUCGUGCCCCACUCAGGCUGGGAGCUCGAGCCCAAUGAGGACUCCAAGCCUCGAGAUGCCGAGUGGACGACUGUCUUCAAGAACACGUCAGGUUGCCUGAGGAACGUGAGCUCAGAUGGCGCCGAGGCCCGGCGGCGACUCCGGGAGUGUGAAGGGCUGGUGGACGCGCUCUUGCAUGCCCUGCAGUCGGCUGUGGGCAGAAAGGACACGGACAACAAGUCAGUGGAGAACUGCGUGUGCAUCAUGCGGAACCUGUCCUACCAUGUGCACAAGGAGGUGCCUGGAGCCGACAGGUACCAGGAGGCCGAGCCCGGGCCCCUGGGCAAUGCCACAGGCCCCCAGCGCAGGAGGCGGGAUGAUGCCAGCUGCUUCGGUGGCAAGAAGGCCAAAGAGGAGUGGUUCCCUCCAGGGAAGAAGGAUGGUGAGGUGGACCAGAACUUUGACACGCUGGACCUGCCUAAGAGACCCGAGGCUGCCAAGGGCUUCGAGCUGCUGUACCAGCCUGAGGUGGUGCGUCUCUACCUCUCCCUCCUCACCGAGAGCCGGAACUUCAACACGCUCGAGGCUGCCGCCGGUGCCCUGCAGAACCUUAGCGCGGGCAACUGGAUGUGGGCCACCUACAUCCGGGCCACUGUGCGCAAGGAGCGCGGGCUCCCUGUGCUUGUGGAACUGCUGCAGUCCGAGACCGACAAGGUGGUGCGCGCUGUCGCCAUCGCCCUGCGCAACCUCUCGCUGGACCGGCGCAACAAGGACCUCAUCGGGAGCUAUGCCAUGGCGGAGCUGGUGCGCAAUGUGCGAAGUGCGCAGGCACCUGCGCGGCCCGGGGCCCGCCUGGAGGAGGACACGGUGGUGGCUGUGCUGAACACCAUCCACGAGAUCGUGUGCGACAGCCUGGACAACGCGCGCUCGCUGCUGCAGGCCCGCGGUGUUCCUGCGCUAGUGGCCCUCGUCGCGUCCAGCCAGUCGGUGCGUGAGGCGAAGGCGGCGUCGCACGUGCUGCAGGCUGUGUGGAGUUACAAGGAGCUGCGCGGCGCCCUGCAGAGGGAUGGCUGGACUAAAGCGCGCUUCCAGUCGGCAGCUGCUGCUGCUAAGGGACCCAAGGGGGCACCGAGCCCUGGGGGCUUUGAUGACAGCACACUGCCCUUGGUAGACAAGAGCCUUGGCAGCGAGAAAACAGGCAGCCGAGACGGGUUCCCCAUGGAUGCACUUGGCCCAGGGCCCAGGCCCAGCUGCGUGUUCUUAGGGGUUGGAUCACCCACGAAGGGGCGUCCUGAACAGACCCUGCGGUGGAGCUCACAGCGCCCUGGCGGCAGGGGUUGGCAGCACCUCUGGUCCAAGCUAGGGCCUGACUGUGGACACCCUCCCUUCCUCCCUCCCUCUGCUCUCCCCACCUCACCCCCUAGGCCUGAGUUAGCUGUUUACUGACCGGGUGCUGAGUGUGCUCCAGAUGAGGCCUGCUGGGCUGCCGGGGCGGGGCCUAGGGAGGCUUAGGGGAGGGCGCCUGGCUGUGCUUUGGGGCUGGCGGGAUAGGAGGGCACGCCCCUGCACAAACAGUGCCUGAGAGGAGUGGGCUAGACCUGGUGGUGGAGGCCCCAGGGGCGGGCAGCCAAGCAGGGAGGGGGGCAAGGGAAAGAAGUUGGACGUGGAGGGCAGGGGCGCUCCCCUGGGCCACCCUGCAUGGCAGGCAGACCACAGAGGGAGGCCUGGCCCCAGGAAGGGAGGCUUUGAAGGCAGCAAGAUAGGGGCCAGUCUGCGUGUGCCCCCUACCCGCCCUUGGAGUCCUGCAGAUGCGUGGGACCCCGUGCAGUGGUUCCCUUCCCUGCGCCUACUCUUCUGGGGCCGAGGCUGCUGCAUCCGCCCAGAACCCAGAGUAGCAGUGGCGGGGGACUGCUGUUCAGUGCCUGCUGUUUGUGAUUUAAAAAACCAGAAAAACACUGACAAAAAGCAUUAAAAACGAAACCAAAAUAAGACUGUAUUGGUAAACAUCUAAAUUUUUGUAAGAAAAUUUAAAAAUUAAAAAAAAAAAGCGACAAAGGAACUUUUUGUACUCUGUGGCUGGGAUUCUUUGUGGUCAGUGGCCAGUGAUGAGGGCUGCGUUUGUCUGAGUGGCGAUGGCCCCAGCGUGGGCUCUGUUCCUGGCCCCUGUGCUCGCUGGUGAUCUCUCUAUACAGUCAGAGAAGGGGGCUGGCUUCUGGGGGCUUGGCAUGGGCCCUAAGCCCGGGAGUGGGGUCUUGGCCAGGGCUGGUCUGGGCACAGGUGGACUCAGCCAGGACAGACUCCAUCCUUGUCCCUAGUCUGGGACCUGGGGCCGUGGCAAGCCUUGGAGGUGGUGGGCAGUCUGCCUACUUUGGGAACAGGGGCAGCUCUGGGUUUAGGUAGACACAAACCAAUGCCAUUUCACUGCUUCACCAGCUGGGCAGCUACAGGAAUGCCAUGGCCGGUCUGAGCCUCCUCUCCCAUGAGCAAGGCCAGGUUGGCUUAGGGAAGGUGCUUCUGCUCAGUGCCACACGGGGACCCAGAAGGGCUGGCACCACUGUGUGGCCGUGUCCACCCAUCCUUCUGACCAGUGCUUGUCUGGUCAGAGAUGCUGUGAAGGCUGAUACCCCGUCCCAGUUUCCUGGGCAGGCAGAUGUCCCAUGGGGUGGGGGGUAACAGGCGCCCCUGGCCUGGUCACAGGAACAACAGUGCUGAGCAGAGCUACGCCCCUAGCUAUGCCUGGGAGCCCCUGAGCCACACAUGACACUAGAACCCAGCCAGCUAGGGCCUGGCCUGCAGAAUCAGUGUCCCAUGAAGGGGCUUUGUAGGGCCAAGCACAGUAUCCCACCCCUGUAGUCCUAGUCCUCUGGGAGGCAGAGACAGGAGGAUGGCUUGAGGUCAGCAGUUUGAGACCAGCCUGAGCAA